CACACACCAAAACGUCAAAUAUUUUCGCAUAUUUGGGAUAUUUUGCAGCAUUUUUCCUCAAUUCUCGCGAAGAAUCGAGCGAAAAGAAGCACGAGUGCCCCGGGCGAUGGCAAACCUCAAGACGGAAAACUUGACGGAGCGCAUGGAGCGGAUCCGUCUCAAGAAUGAGGAGAUCGAGAAGAAGCACAGAGAGGCGAUGGAAGACAGACUGGCGGCGGUGAAAAAUAACGCAAUGGUGGCUAUAAAACCGCCCAGCGAUGAGGAAUGGCCAAGACAGCAUAAGUACGACACUCUGGACUUCACGUAUGACAGCCCAGAGGCACAGAUUGCCGAGAAGGCGCGCCCCGAGAAGACGACACAGGCCCUGCGGGGCGGCAAGGAGCACAAGAAGUUCGCUCUGGGUCAGGGUCCCCCGCCUGAUCCGGUGUACAACUUCCUGGCCGAUGCAGAGCGUGAUGGUGGCACACCACAGCAGCCUGGUACUCCGAGGCCCAACAAUCAGGAGGGCGGCGGAAAGGGCGGCCAGUGGAAGCAAUCGAGUGGCUACAGAAACAGAAAUGGACCUGCCGGCGGAAGCUUUCGGCAGAACAGGGGAAAACCUCGUGAGCAGAGAUUUGAGAGGCAGAAGUCCAGCGGAGAUGCCAAGUGGAAGGGCUCAAAUCAGCCUCAGCGGCCCGUGAAUGCACCCCAAAAGGCGCCCCCGAACACCGGAGGAGAGCUCGUGACUGAGAAGAGGGGCAAUAUCACCAUCUCCGUAUCCCAGGACGGAGAGAUCAAGAGCGUGAAAUUGGCAUCCCCGCCCGUGGUUCCUGGCUCUGGUCGCAUUGGGAUUCGUCCGGUGAACAUGCCGAAGGCCCCGCAUUUCACCAAUUCAUCGCCACUCCACAAAAACUCUAGUCAUCAGCAUUUUGUACCCGCAAAAUCGCAACCGCAUCACCAUCUCGAGCAUCAUAAUCAUCCCACGAUCAAGUCGAGCGGUGUGCAAAGUCGCUUGGAGCGGAACCGCCAAAUGGCCGCGGAGACCAUCGCUGCUGAAAAUUGAGAAUGCUUCUUGGUC